UUAUGUUCGUUUUAAGGUUUAUGCGAAGUAUUAUAUUAAUUAUUUGUGCUGAAUUUUAUAGUAGUGGUAGUAUUGUGCUAAAAUGUAAUGAAAGUAUGAUAAUAGGAAAGCGGUUUCACACUGUUUUUGAAGGUAAACCUUACGCAGCUUUUUACGAUAUACCUUACGCGGAUGCGCCUAUCAACGAAUUGAGGUUUAAGCCACCAAUAUUACGAAGUAAAUGGUUGUGUAACGAAAUAUAUGAGUUCAAUCAUGAAAACAUCCAAAAGAAAUUUACAGAAGACUGUUUAUAUUUAUCAGUUAAUAUGCCACUUUGUGCUGAAACAAAAUUACCGGUUCUCGUUUGGUUACACGAAAACUCACCAUGGCAUGGCCCCGAUUUUUUAAUAGAUGAGGACGUAUUAAUAGUAACUGUAUCGUUCAGGACAUCGAUUUUCGGCUUUCUCAACACAGAAGAUGAAUUCGCCGAAGGAAAUAUGGGAGCUAAGGACAUAUUAACCGCUUUAAAAUGGCUCCACGACAAUAUUAGUUUAUUUAAUGGGGAUCGAAAACGAAUAACUGUUGCUGGAGCGGGAAUAGCUAGUACACCAGUCGCGUCAAUGUUAAUAUCACCUGCUGUUAAAGAUUUAAUAGCGGGAGCCAUCAUUUUUGAUGGAAGCGCGUUAUCACCGUCUGAAUACAAAAAUGUCAACUUCGAAAUAGCAAGUAAAUUAUUCACGAAACUAAAAGGUCCAUUUAAAAAUUUUUAUAGAAAAGAAUUGUAUCAAUCUCUUAAUAAUAGUCCGACGGAGAAAUUGCUAUCGGCAUCUCGAGAACUUUUCGAUAGCACUGAAGUCAGAGAUAAUCAAAGAUUGAUUAAUUCUUUCGGAUGUUCCCUCGAGAUUGCUUCCAGAAAUAAUUCAUUUAUGAAAUGGACUCCUGUAGAAAUGUACAGAAAAAAAUCUGUAAACAAUGUUCCCGUUAUAAUAGGAUAUACGACGCUGAAGACAUUAUAUAAAUUAAAAGGACUGGUCGAUAACAGAAAUCUAUUAAUAUACUUAAAUUAUAACUUCCAAUAUUUACUACCAUUUGAAGGGAAAGCCGAUGAAUAUGAAUCGGAUAGAUAUAAGAAGAUAAAGCGUCGAAUAAUAGAUUUUUAUUUCCUCAACGGUACAAUAGGAGAGCGUAGCUUGAGACGGUAUGCAAAAUAUCUAUCAGACGUGGAUUUAUACCCGUUGCUUCGUCAAGCGGUUUUACAAAGCCAAACCUCGCAGUGCCCAGUUUAUUUGUGGAGAUUCGCUUUGAAAGGCUCCCUUAAUAUUGGCUGGAGGAAUUUCGUACCAAAUUUAAAUUGGUCGGGAGCAACUUUAGAUGACGAAAUAUGUUACCUAUUCAAAUGUAAAUCUCUAAAUCACGUCUAUAGCGGCUUGGAGCCGAAUGAAAGAGACUUCAUUAAGAAAAUUGUAAGAUUAUUGGCAAAUUUUAUUAAACAUGGGAAUCCUACACCAUAUUCGAGGGAUGAUGUUUUGGAUAACUCGCAAUGGCUACCCUUGAGUGGUAGUGGCCAAUUACAAGCAUUGAAUUGUGGCCGAAAAACAAUUAAAAUGAUGAACAUUCCGGAGCAACAUCGAUUUGAUUUUUGGAAUCGAUUAAAAAACGAUUUCUUUUGAAAACA